AUGCCCAAGGUCGUCUUUGACAAACUAAACUUCACUCAUCUCACACCAACACCGAUGCAUCUUCAGCUGGCCGACUCCUCGGUCCGGUAUCCAGAGGGUAUUGCAGAGGACAUCCCAGUGAGAGUCCGAAAAUACUUCAUCCCUGUCGACUUCGUGGUGCUCAACAUGGAAAUAUCUAAGGAAACGAUGCUCAUCCUUCGGCGGCCAUUCUUGAGCACUGCAGGGGCACAAAUCGAUGUUAGAGCCGGAGAGAUUCGCUUCAACAUCAGCGGCAAGGAGGAAAAGUUCCCAUUUCAGCCCAGAAAAGAGCAAUCCACCAUGAUCAAGAUUAAGUACGGGCUGAAUACACAAGGCAUCAGAGAAGUUGAAAUAAUACCUCCCAAGACGGACAACCUCUUCACCUUCAUGAAGGAAUUCAUGAGAGAAAAAGAAAAGAUGGAUAAGAGGACGGGGAAAGGGAAGAAUCAGAAAGCUAAACCUAAGCCACAUAUCCCAAAGUCCACAUAG